UUUUCUAUUUUACUUGUUUUAUUAACUUAUACAAAGAUAUAAAAAUGGAGUAAAAACAACACAAAAUAUUAUUUUUUUUCCUUAUAUUGUAGGACAUUUGUGAUGCUUGUUUGUGAUGUGCGUGAGUCAUUCAGUGAAAGCUCAUAGACCAAAUACUCUGUCUGCACUCCAGUGCUUUUACAAUCAUGGAAAAUCAUGGUGCAGUGUCUGAAACCAAGUGUACGUUUGAUGUUUUCCUUAGUUUUAGGGGUGAAGAUACCCGUCACACAUUUACUUGUAAACUCUAUGAUGCUUUGUGGCUGAAGGGAAUUGACACCUUUAUGGAUAAUAAAGAGCUGAAGAAUGGAGACAAAAUUGGCCCUACUCUUCAUAAAGCCAUUGAAGAAGCAAGGAUUUCAGUUGUUGUCUUGUCUGAAAAUUAUGCAGAUUCUUCAUGGUGCCUCGAUGAACUUGUCAAGAUCCACGAGUGUAUGGAGUCAAAAAACCAGCUCGUUUGGCCCAUCUUCUACAAAGUGAAUCCCUCGGAUGUGAGGCAUCAGAAAGGAAGUUAUGGUGUGGCCAUGACUAAGCAUGAAACAAGUAAUGGAAUAGACUUGGAGAAGGUGCACAAAUGGAGGUCAACCUUGAAUGAAAUAGCCAACUUGAAAGGAAAAUAUUUGGAAGAAGGGAGGGACGAAUCCAAGUUUAUUGAUGAUCUUGCUACUGACAUUUUCAAAAUAGUAUCUUCUAAAGAUUUAUCUAGAGAAAUGUUUAUAGUCGGACGAGAGUAUCGAGUUAAAGAAUUGAAAUUACUUCUAGAUCUUGAGUCUCGUGAUAUCACUUGCCUGUUAGGGAUUCAUGGAACUGGUGGAAUUGGCAAAACUACACUUGCAAAAGCUUUGUAUGACUCCAUUUACAAGCAGUUUGACGGUACAAGUUUUCUCAACGUUGGAGAAACCUCAAAUCCUAAGACAGACUUAAAACAUCUGCAAGAAAAGCUUUUAUCAGAGAUACUUGAGGACGACAAAAUCCACUGGAGAAAUAUUGAAGAAGGAACCGCAAAAAUAGAAAGGAGACUUGGUUUUAAAAGAGUUCUAAUAGUUCUUGACAAUGUUGAUGACAUUAAACAGUUGAAUAAUUUGGCAGGGAAAUGUGCUUGGUUUGGUCCUGGGAGCAGGAUCAUCAUAACAACGAGAGAUAAACAUUUGCUAGAUCUUGGUGAGGUUGAAAAGAGAUAUGAAGUGAAAAUGCUAGAUGAGAAAGAGUCUCUAGAGCUCUUUUGUCAUUAUGCCUUUCGAAAAAGUUGUCCUGAAUCAAACUAUAAAGAUCUGUCCAAUCGAGCAAUGAGUUGUUGCAAAGGCCUUCCAUUGGCCUUAGAAGUACUAGGCUCUCAUUUGUUUAAAAAAAAUGUGGAUGUAUGGAAGGACGCAUUGGAUAGAUAUGAAAAAAGUCCACAUGGAAAUGUUCAAAAAGUUCUUAGAAUAAGCUAUGAUAGCCUGUUCCGCCAUGAAAAGUCUAUUUUUCUUGAUGUUGCAUGUUUUUUCAAAGGGCAACGAUUGGAUUAUGUAAAAACUGUACUAGAUGCAUCUGAUUUCAGCUCAGGAGAUGGUAUUACAACAUUAGUUAAUAAAUCACUUUUAACUGUUGACUAUGAUUGCCUGUGGAUGCAUGAUCUAAUACAAGACAUGGGUAGAGAGAUAGUUAAGGAGAAAGCAAACAAUAAAAUUGGCGAACGCAGCAGAUUAUGGCACCAUGAAGAUGUUCUUCAAGUAUUAGAAGAUGAUAAUGGAAGUAGCGAAAUUGAAGGAAUAAUGCUCGACCCCCCUCAUAGAAAAGAAAUUAAUUGUAUUGAUACUGUAUUUGAGAAGAUGAAGAAUCUUCGAAUUCUUAUCGUUCGUAACACAAGCUUUUCACAUGAGCCUCGUUAUCUCCCAAAAAACUUAAGGCUACUUGAUUGGAAGAACUACCCUUCAAAGUCUUUGCCAUCAGAAUUUAAUCCCACUAAAAUCAGGGCCUUCAAUGGAAGUCCUCAACUCUUACUGGAAAAGCCAUUUCAGUUUGACCAUUUGACUUACAUGAAUAUCUCCGGUUGUGAUAAGGUUUCUGAAUUUCCUGAUGUGUCUAGAGCCAUGAAUUUAAGAAAAUUGAUACUUGAUGGAUGCGAGAACCUGGUUAGCAUUCAUAAAUCAGUUGGACAUCUCGCUAACCUUGUUUCUCUUAGUGCUUCAAAUUGCACACAACUCCAUAGUUUUGUGCCAACAAUCUAUUUGCCAUCUCUUGAAUCCCUUUCCUUUGUUCUUUGCGCAACACUCGCACACUUUCCAGAUAUCGAAGGAAAGAUGGAUAAGCCAUUAGAGAUUGUUAUGUCAUAUACAGCUAUUCAGAAGCUUCCAGAUUCCAUCAAGGAACUUAAUGGCCUUACCUAUCUUGAGAUGACAGGUUGUGAGGAACUCCGAUAUUUACCAAGUAGCUUAUUUAAGUUGCCAAAUUUGGUCACAUUAAAACUUGCAGAAUGUGCUUUCCUUCCAAGGUCAUUGAGAAUGUUUAUAGGAAGUCCUUCAACGUGCGCAAAACUAGAGACAUUACAUUUCGACAAUACUGGGCUGACAGACUAUGAUCUUAAGACUAUUGUUGCCAUUUUUCCUAACUUGAAAGACUUGAAUGUAUCGCGGAACAGAUUUUCUGAUCUCACAUUGAGCAUUGGGAAAUUUACUAACUUGACAAGUCUUGACGUGAGUUAUUGUACGGACCUUAAAGGAAUGCCUUCAAUACUGCCAUCAAGUGUUCAGAAAGUAGAUGCAAGAGAAUGUCGAUCCUUAAAUCAAUUUUCAUCAAACGCCUUAUGGAUUCAGGUAAAAAAAGAAAAGAAUGAAUUAGAAGUCAUGAUGCCAAAAAGGGAGAUUCCAAAAUGGUUCCACUAUGUUAACAAGGGACGGUUUCCGGAUUUCAAGGCUCGUGGGAAGUUCCCUGCGGUUGCUAUAGCGUUUGUAUUUGGGGAAGUGAAUGCCAUUGACAAAGCUAAUAGAAGUAUAAAUGUUGGCAUUCACUUGUUGAUUGAGGAUGAAAGGAGAAAGUUUCGUAAUGUCCCUGUCCCUGAGAAUCAUGUGUUCUUGUGUGACCUACGAGGUUUGUUCAGUUUGGAAGAAUGGGAGGAUGUAGGUGUUGGAGUUGGUAAUGAUUGGAAGACCAUACAGGUUUACUGUGACACAAAGUUGCCUCUAUGUUCAUGGGGAGUUUAUGUGUACAAGAGUGAAAGUAACAUGAAAUAUAUCCAAUUCCCGUCUAAUGAUCCCUGUUCCUCCUUCUAAACUAGCCGAGCGUUGCUGCAGCAACCUCCAUCCACCACAAUGGUUCAAUGAUGUCAUCUGCUAAGCAGCCUUUUUGUUUUCUUAGUUUUCAAUAAUUGCUAGAGUACAUACGUGUAAGGCUCAGAUUAUCUGACCAUUGAAAUUAAAGUAGCUUUAUAUUGUGUUUGACAGAUUCAUAAUGAAAAUAUCUUAGCUUCUUUAUCAACCUAGUUAUCUUUUAGCUUUUCUUAGCUGACUAUGCUGCUACUUCUUACCAAAUUGGCGCUUUGAUUAAGGAAAGGGUUACUUAAUUAUAGGCUGCUGGAUUAAGGUAUUAACCAAAUACUGAUUGAUGAGUAAAGUCGUCAAAGGUAAAAAGGGCUACCAUCAGAUCUGCGUCAGCAAAGCCAUUGUGAAUGUCGGCCCUUAAAGGAGAUGACAAUAUUAGGAUUCUCACAUUGAGUAGAAUAACUGUUUAGGCAUGAGGUUCUCUCAUCUAAUGGACUAGUUUUUUGUAUUGGAGGGCUUUCCUGUGUACUUAAAUCCAAACAAUGAAGUUACCUUAGGGUUCAACAUUGAAGAUGAGGAGGAGGAUGAUGAGAUUGAUUAAACAGUUGGAGGAGUUAGUAGAGAGGACAAGAGACGAUGCGAAAAAAAGCCAAUGGACCUUUGUGUUUAUAUAUUAUAUAGGGGAAACUUUUAUUCCA